CCGACUUCCUUAUAACGCCACCAGUGCCAGAGUUGUACAGUUUUGAAAUACCCUACCUGGAGGACCCGCCUGUUACGGACAUUUUGAAAGUGUCCAAUGAAAGCACAUCUGCCGUAGUUCUUGUCAACAGCAGUUCCACUUUUUUCAUCGGAGACACCGUAGCAUUAUUGAUAACAGCAAGAGAUAGAGUAGGAAAUCCUAAAACCAAGGGUGGUGACGAUGUUCGAGCGUUGUUCAUUGAUGUGUCAUCCUCCAACUCCACGCUUCCGGCCAAGAUCACAGACUACGGCAAUGGGACAUACUUAGCCACAGCUGUGUUAGCUUUUGUUGGGACUUUUAGAGCAUAUGCAGCACUUGUCUACAGCAGAGAAUAUAUACAGACAAUAAUGUUAACCCAGCUCAUGAUCAAAUCGUCAACUAUCUACCCCGGAGCUUUUAGGAACAAACUAGUGAGUUCUCUGUUAGGUUAUGACAGUAUGAUUAUCAUCAACAUCGUCAGCCUCAUC